AGCAAUGUUUUAUCCGCAAUAGUCUCAGAAGGCACCUCGGAUGCUUUCAGCUGCUGAAUGUAGGCACUUGUACCACUCAGCUCAGGGAGGGUGUUCAGGCGAAUCGUUGGAAAUGCGAAUAUCCACGGUAUCCCGCAUCGACCGGCCACGUCGAGAACGCAGCCGUCAAUCGUGUUGACCCUCUGUACACGUACCGCCAAGAGAGAGAACUGGUUGUCGCAGACCACUCGACAUCGAAUGCCAGUCUUGCGCACAGCCGGCGCUGACGUAGUCAUCGAUUGUCCUUUCGUUUCCAACUGUCACAAGCCCCUUUUGGAAGGUGCCUCAUGAGCUCACUGUGUUACCACCUGUAGCAUCGAGGUGGCGCUCGGUAGCAGCACAACGUAUGCGGUAUGGCCUUCGUGGUUGACCCACGACUGACAGCACACUACGGGUUGCCGCGCUCAUUCUCAGUGUCGCACUGAUUCGCUCGCGCAUGGUGAAUGGGUCGUCGCACAUGUGCGCGCGGAGCUGCAGCAGACGGUGUGAAAACAACAUGACACCGGAGCCUCAUAGUGACAUCGAACUGCGAGCUGUGUUCCAAUAUCGCAGAAUGUUAUGAAAUCUGACCAGUCCGGUGGAAUUGUGUGGUGGCUCGGUGCAGUUGCCGCGCGUGUUGCUGUUACGUGUGAGGAUCGGUGCCAAUGCAGUAUGUGGCGUCGGGUACCUUUUUUUCAGGGGCGAAUUGUUGGUGGUUGUGGUGGACGAUCAGAUGUUUUCCCUGACUGGACGCUUAGGGCAUAGUGUGAUCCGGCUUUCCAGGUUGUAGGCAGACUUUGAAGGGUGUGAGAAGGUCUGAUGGCGCCGUGUGUGUGGGGAAGCGUGUAACGGGGGAACGCCUAGCAAGGCGAAAAACGGACGCAGGAUGCUGCCGGACGAUAACAGUCGUGGAACCGAAAGAGGGCACGAGAAGUGGAGGGAGGCAGCAGCGUGGGAGAGUGGCAUCAGGAAGCUAUCCUCAGUAAAAAGGAGACAUAGCGAAAUGUGCGAUUGGCUGUGACGGACGCAUCGUGGUUGUACGAGCUGAGGAGCUGUGGCACGGAGGUGGAAGAAAGCGCUCAGUCUCUUCUGCGCGUUCAAUGCGACUUGCCACAAUGAGGGGAGUAGCGAUGUAGACAUGAGUGAGGCAUGGCCAUCGACAGAUCGGGUAGACCUUUAUCAGAUCUUCUGGCGUCCCACGGUUGCAGAUGCGCCUGGCCUUGUUCACAGGAUGGCCUGUACCACUCCUUCCUCUUUUUCGUGUGCAGGCUCUUCAGCUGCAGGCAGUAUGUCCUUGUCAUACCGUUCUCAGUGACAAUGCGUAAAAGAAUAGCUCGUUGUGUGCAGCGGUGUUCUAGCUCGGGUCUGACCGUGUGGUGCGUCGCGACAGAACAUUUCUGCUACAUGUGCUGUGGCGCAGUCACUCGUUCAUGCCCAGAAAACAGCCGUCAAUCGUGUUGACGCUCUGUACAUACACCGCCAAGAGAGAGAACUGGUUGUCGCAGACCACUCGACAUCGAAUGCCAGUCUUGCGCACAGCCGGCGCUGACGUAGUCAUCGAUUGUCCUUUCGUUUCCAACUGUCACAAGCCCCUUUUGGAAGGUGCCUCAUGAGCUCACUGUGUUACCACCUGUAGCAUCGAGGUGGCGCUCGGUAGCAGCACAACGU